UCCUCCCCAGAAAAUGCAACGGGACGCACCCGAUGACGCGGUCGCCAUGUGGACAGCCUCGUAUCAUGGGCGGCGGGCUGGGCGCAAAGCCCCUCCCUCUGGCCCCGGCCAGACAGGUUGCUGUCAGCCGCGCCAAUAACUUGCCAUGUACACGGCAGUUAAAGGUUCCACGAAUGAUCAGCGGGCGGCAGGAGCCGAAGACGACGUCGUGAAUUGUGCAUAUAUUCGGCACAUCUGGGCCGGUUGUAACCAUGGCUAUUCCGCCAGGUCACGUCUGAUCACUCCCGUCUCAGCGGACAACAAUCGCCAAGAUGCGGUGGUCAACGCUCGUCCUGUCGCUUCUGCCCAUCGUCUCGGCUGCUCCCAAGGAGAAGACGCCGAAGACCUUCUCGCAGCGAGUGGUGUUCACGCCCCCCAGCAACUACACCAUCCCGCGCGUGCUCUACGCCCGCACCGCUCAGUUCAAAGAUGGCACCUUGCUAGCGACGUGGGAGAACUACAGCCCGGAACCACCCCCGGUGUACUUCCCCAUCUUUCAGUCCACCGACGGCGGCUACAACUGGAACGAGAUCGCGCGGGUCCAGGAUACCGCCAACGGAUUAGGCCUCCGCUACCAGCCGUUCCUGUACAUCCUCGAGGAGCCGUUUGCCGGCUUCCCCAAGGAGACGGUGCUGCUCGCGGGCAACUCGAUUCCCACCGACCUCUCGAGCACGCACAUCGACCUGUACGCGUCCACCGACAGGGGCAGGACGUGGCAGUUCCUGUCGCACAUCGCGGCCGGCGGCGAGGCGGUGCCGGACAAUGGCCUCACGCCCGUCUGGGAGCCCUUCCUGAUGCGGUACAAGGACACGAUCAUCUGCUACUACUCGGACCAGCGCGACAACGCGACGCACGGCCAGAAGAUGUCGCACCAGACGACCAGGGACCUGAAGAACUGGGGCCCCGUCAUCACCGACGUCGCGUACCCGACCUACACGGACCGGCCGGGCAUGCCCACGGUGGCGCGGCUGCCCAACGGCAAGUACAUCAUGACGUACGAGUACGGCGGGGGCCCCGCGAUCCCGACGUCGUACUCGUUCCCGGUCUACUACAAGGUGGUGGCGGACCCGGAGACAUUCGGCGCGGCGACGGGCACGUCGCUCCAGACGACGGACGGCUACGUGCCCACCAGCUCGCCCUACGUCGUGUGGAGUCCCGUGGGCGGCAAGAACGGCACCAUCAUCGUCAGCGCCGGCAGCUCGGGCGACGUGUACAUCAACACGGGCCUGGCCGAGCCCGGCACGCCCUGGACGCGUGUCGCGACGCCCGAGCCAAGCGCCUACACGCGCAACCUGCGCGUGCUCAACGACCCGACCAAGCUGCUGAUCAUGGGCGCCGGUCAGCUGCCGCCCAGCACCACCAACAAGGUCGAGCUCAGCGUUAUGGACAUCAGCAAACUGAAGGCGGCGUUGUGAUGUGAUGUGACGAGCGGGUGCUGUCCGUAGAUAGGCCUUAAUAUUAUAGGCGGUCGUAAAAAUGCUGGCCUCUGAAGUGAUGUUGACGAACACCAUGUGCCGUUUUCUUGAAUGCCCGGGCCCCGCCCCAUCGGAUGGCUCGCCAGCCGUGCAAUCCUUGCAGUCACAGCACGUCUUUGAGCAUGAC